AUGGCCGACUUCCCUCGGCUCCCCCCUUCAGGGAUCAAAGUCAUCAUCGUGGGUGCCGGCUUCGCGGGACUGACGGCCGCCAUCGAAUGCGACCGCAAGGGCCAUUCGGUCCUGUUGCUCGACAAAGCCCCUGACCUCCAACCCUUGGGCGACAUUAUCAGCUUCGGCCAGAACUCGUCACGCUUCUUUGCCAAGUGGCCCGGCGUGCAGGAGGCACUCACACCCCUGGUCCACAAGAGCGACGUCUUCCACUUUCACGACUGGAAGGGCAACUUUGUCACCACACAAUCCUUCGUCGAGGAGCACCGCACCUGGGGCCCGCGCGUCAACGGCCACCGCGGCGAGAUCCACCAGGUCGUGCUCAAGCAUGCGCGGGCGAGGGGGAUUGAGAUCCGGCUGGGGUGCAACGUGGUCAACUAUUUCGAGACGGCCGAGCAUGCCGGCGUGGAGCUGCAGAGCGGGGAGCGGCUGACGGCGGACCUGGUGGUCGCCGCCGAGGGUGUUCGGUCGCGAGGCAGGAAGCUCGUCCUCGGAUUCGAAGACAAACCGCAGCCGAGCGGCUACGCCGUGUUCCGGGCCUGGUUCCCCGCCGACGAGCUGCUCAAGAACGAAAGGACGCGCCACCUGGUCGAAAAGGGCGACUCGCACCACGGCUGGAUCGGGCAGGACGUGCAUUUCCUCUCGGCCGCCAUCAAGGACGGCAAGGAGAUGAGCUGGGUGUGCACCCACAAGGACGAUGGCAGCAUCGAGGAAAACUGGCAGUUUCCCGGCAGAAUUGAGGAUGUGCUGCGCGUCGUGGACGGGUGGGACCCGGUGGUGGUUGACCUGGUCAAGAUGACGCCGCCCGAUCGCUUGUUCGAUUACAAGCUUGUCUUUCGGGAUCCCCUGCCGACCUUCAUUUCACCGCAGGCGAGGACAGUGCUGAUCGGAGAUGCCGCGCACCCUUUCCUGCCCACCUCGAUCCAGGGGGCGAGUCAGGCGAUGGAGGACGGCGUGGUGCUGGCUGCCUGCUUGGAUAAGGCGGGAGGAAAAGACAAGGUGCAGGAGGCGGUCAGGGUAUGGGAGAAGAUCCGCUACGAAAGAGUGCACAAGAUCCAAAAGACGGGGGUCACCACGCGCGAGCAGUGGCACAAGGCUGACUGGGAGGCGAUAUGGAAGGACCCGCAGUCGUUGCACCUGAAGAGGGAGGCGUGGGUGCUGGAUUUUGACUGUGAGGCGGACGCCUAUGCUUCGUAUGAUGCAGUCUUAGGCGAAUUAUAG